AUGUCCGUUCUGCAGAUCGCGGUCCUGGCGUGCGCCGUGGCGGUCGCCAGCGCCGGGUUCUACCCCAGCGCCGCCGUCGCACUCACGGCGGCCAGCCUGCAGCAACAGCAGCAGCAGUCUCAGCUGCAGCAGCAGCAGCAGCAGCGCGCACUGGCCGCCGGGGGCGGCGGGGCUGCCUCCGGGGGCGGCGGCGCGCCGGGGCAGACGCUGACGUACUACACGGCGGGCCCGGUGACGUACCAGCCCGCGGGCCCGCCGGCGGCCAUCGCGUACCACCCGGCGGCGCCGCUGGCUUACGCGGCGCCCGCCGCCGCCGUGGCCGUGCACCCGGCGGGCGGUGCCGUCGCCUACCCCGUGGCCGCCUACCACCCCGCCUACCCCGCGCUCACCAAGGAGGGCGUCGCCUUCCACCCGGGCGCGCCGCUCGCGCUGCACCCCGCGGCGCCCGUCGCCUUCCACGCGGCGGCGCCGCUGCUGUACCACGUGCCCGCCUCCGCGCACGCGCAGAACGCCGGCUCUUCCUCCGGCAAGGGCGACGGCGGCGGCGACGGCGGCUCCUCCUCCUCGCACUUCACCUUCGACGGCCUCGGGUACAACUACUCCUACUAG